CACUUCGAACCCCAUCGCUCCCUCACCAGCGUUGGGGAGACAGCAGGUGACAAAAUGUUUUGUUAAAUUAACAAUUUAGGAGACCCUGGGGGCAGAUAUUCUGUCGAAACUAUUUUGGAACGCAGAGGCGAGAGCUCAGCAACGAUGGAUAACUGACAUUUUUACGCGCGUCCGCAUCUCCUACGACGUUCCCAAGAACGCCGUUUUUGGACCGUAUGAGCUGAAACACACCUCCGUUUAUGACAGCAUCGCCUUCACUGCUCUCAAGUCUAUGGACCGAAGAACGGCACCAUACAUUUUGAGGGUGGACGCCUCAGCGCACUGAUGGUCCAAUGUGGCUGCGGCUGGUCCAGUCAGCCUAGAGCGCUGAAGAACAGAACCUGGAGGACUAUGUGAAGAACGGACACCUAUUCUUUAGAGCCCUCAGGACGAUCCAGAAGGAAGAGGAGCGGUUGGUGUGGUACGGGAAAGCCCUGGCCAAGCUUGUUCUCCUAAACCCACUGCAGAUACAAAGCAAAGGUACGGGUCCGUACACAUGUGCCAACUGUAACCAAAGCUUUGAGACUGAGUUCCCCUUUCUGGAACAUCAGAGAUUCCUCUGCCCACAGAGACGACCAAACAGCCACAGCACCAGACCUGGUCAAGGCAACACUGACCAUGUGAAACCUGACUCCCGUCCUGUUCCUGCCUUCAAACAGAGCCGUCCAGAAACAAGUCCACAGGAUAGCAAACCUGCAACAGACUUCCAUAACUUAGCCCGGGAUAUGGAGAAUAUUAAGACAGGGUCUUCCAGCACCAGGGACUCAGAGACUAGAGGUUCCCUCAAAGGGAGGUAGAGGAGGACACAGAGGUAGAGGAGGACAGGUGUAGUGAGCCACAGCAUCGAGUGAUAAAGCAGGAUCCACUGGAGACAGGAUACUGUACUCUGACCAUGAAAAGACAACACAGCCCAGUCUCCUGUCACCUGUCCAGUAACAUCAACAAGAACAACAUCACCAAAGACAGAGCAACCCAACUACACUUACAACAAGGUUCUGGGCCUGAAGACCUCAGAUCUUCAUCCAGCCUAAGGAACCAGAGCAUUCAGCCCGGUAGUGGCCUAGUAGAGCCUCAGAGAGACCCAAAGAAAACAAAGACAGAAACACUCCGGUCUCCAUCUCACUCAGAGGAGUUGUCUUCUUUCACUGACUCUGCUACUGUCACCUCUGCCUUCAGCCAGGUCUCUGUCUCUGAGAACAGGAGGAGUGCCUUCUCCCAGCCCCCACGCUCUGUUUCCUUUCCCCAGACUACCCCCCUGCUUGGGAGGGCUAAAACUUCAAUCACUCCCUUUACUACUGAUCUCCACCGACCGGUGCUGGUCCAGGGUGUUUUGAAACAGAAGCGCCCUCUAUACAGCCCAGCAGUUCUCUGGACCAGGACCACAGGCAAAUCCCCCCUCCAGGUCCAGAUUUCCCUAUCCCCGGUGCUCCUGUCCCCCUCCGUCUCACGGCUCCCGCCCCUCUGCCUGACGGCUCAGAACUGGUCUGCCAAAUGCAACGCCUCCUUCCGCCUGACCUCAGACCUGGUGCAGCAAUAUGACCACCACAAGAGGGCGGUGGACGCCACAGAGUCAGGGUAUGGGGUGAAACAACAGCAGCACAGGGCGAGAGAGGAGAGGCUCAAGUCUUGCAUCUACAACGAGGUCUUCAGACAACGCCAUCACCUUGCGGGACACUUGACCUCUCACACAUGAGUUCAGUUCAAUUAGAUCUUAUUAUUGGUAAGAUCUUGAUAUUUUAAUGUUUGAUGUGUCAUCAUAUUGAUGAAGAUACUAAUUGGAGAACUAAUAAAACACAAACUAUUAUGUUAA